AUGGACGACGACGACGAGUUCGGCGACCUCUACACGGACAUCGUCAUCCCGGCGUCCGAGCCCUCCAAGCCGCCGGCCGCCGAAACCCUACCCCGCGCCGCCCCGGCCCCGGCGCCAAACCCUAAUUCCGCGCCAGCUCCCGCCUCGACCGCCGCCGCGGACGAGGACGAGGACGACGACUGGCUUCUAGGAGGGAGCGACCCCGUCGCCGGGGUCGACCCGACCGGCGGCUGGGUCGACGACGACGACGACGGCGGCGGGCCCCCGCCGAAGCGCGAGGUCGACGCGAAGCCGCCCCCCGCCGCGGAGGAGCCCGAUCCGCUCAUGGGGCUAGGCGAGGACGACCCCGGGGCGGCCAUCCCGGGCCUCUCGACUCCCGCGGCCGCCGGCGCGGGCGCGCCCGGGAGCGAGUACUCGGACAGCGACAGCGAGGACGACCUCAAGAUCGUGCUCAACGAGACGGACGGGCGCCGCCGGCUCGGGGACGACGAGGGCGACGACGAGGACGGGCUGGACCUCAUCAUCGCCGACGGUCCCGGCAUGGAGGAGCAGGAGUGGGCGGAGGACGGCGGCGCGGCGGCCGGGCCCGACGGCGAGAGGAAAGAGGGCGGCGAGCCUGGUGGCAAGGCCAUGCCCAUGCCCGGUGUCAGGAUGGGGUACGGUGGCGGCGGCCCGGGGUUCAACCCGCAGCACCAUUCCAUGUUCAAGUAUGUACGACCUGGUGCUGCAUCUGUCGGUGGGGCUCUUAGUGCUCCUGGCCAGUUCCGUCCACCUGGACCUCCUGGCCCCUUUUCUGGCCGAGGAAGAGCUGACUGGCGUCCUGGUGGCGGUAGGGGCAUGAAUAAAGGCUUUCAUUCAGGCUACGGAAUGCCUCCAUGGGGUGGUUCAGGUCGUGGUUUUGGUGGCGGGCUUGAUUUCACACUUCCCCCUCACAAGGCAAUAUAUGAGAUUGACAUUGACACCGCAUUUGAGGAGAAACCAUGGAAAUACCCUGGUGCUGACAUUGUAGACUACUUUAACUUUGGGAUUGAUGAAGAGAAGUGGAAAGACUACUGCAAGCAAAUUGAUCAACUAAAAGUGGAGUCCACAAUGCAAUCUAGAAUACGGGUUUACGAGAGUGGGCGCUCAGACCAGGACUACGAUCCAGAUCUGCCACCAGAGCUAGCUGCUGCUGCGACUGGCCAUCACGAUAUUUCUGCUGAUAAUCGCAAUAAGGUAGAUAAUGGGCACACAGAUUUCAGUGCCCAAACGAGAGCUGUUGCAAGCAUCCGACCAGCAGCGGUGACAGGCAGACCUAUCCAAGUAGAAACUAGCUUUGUAGAACGCUUUCCGUCUGCUGAUACGCGUUUGCCUCGAAUGCGUGAAUCGGAUUCUGUUAUAGAGAUCGUGUGCGAGCCUCCGCCGGAUGAUCCUGUAGUUGCUGAUAGUUCAGUGGAUCAGUCUGAGAAGGAUUCUGAAGGAGGUACUAAAAAAAGCAACGGUUUUGAGGAGAGUGGGGUCUAUACAUCAGAGAAGACGAAUAACUCUCCUUAUAAUUCCAAUUUGGGUAAAAAGGCAGAACGCAGCAGAAGGUUGCCUGUCUCAUCUGAAGGUGAUAUGCUCGCCUCAGAUGUCCACGGCCGUUCCCCGUCCAACUACAAAAUAAGGGGUUCUCCUCGUGGAGUAAGGUCGAAAGGGCGCUCUCUUGGUGUAAACGCUAGCCGAGAAACUGAAAGCUCCAAUGAAGUACCUCACCAAACAUCUUCAAAGAGACGCCGUGAUACCCAGAGAGAGAACAACCCUGUUGAUGAAUCAGAAACUAAGGAUGGCUCAGAAGGGUCACCUACAGUUGCUGACGAAAUGACAGACAAGCUGAGCACAGAAGAUCAGUUUGCUGAUAAUGAUAGGCUUGCUUUGGUUGAUAGUGCUGAAGUGGAUGGUGAUGAUGCUAUCUCAGAACCUCACAGUGAUGAUGCUAUAAACGAGGGCGAUAACGUGGACCAUUCUAGUAAAAAACAGAAGCUAAUUCCUAGGGCUGAGCAGCCUGCUGGACUCAAUAGUAGUGAUCAGGACGAAUUGAAGACGCUGAAUGGUGAAAAUAGUAGAGGAGUGAGGUCUGGUAGCAGCAAAGAUCAUCUCAAACGUCUUGAAUCUGGUGAAGAAGUUCUGCAAGAUAGGCGAUCCAGGCGAGUAAAUGAUGUGAGAAGGCAUCAUGAUGGAGAAGAACGUGAUUCCCGUCGAAAGGAUGUGUACACUCGAGGUGUCAAACCUGAUGUAGAAAGGACACAAUUGGCCUCUAGAGGUAGGGAGGAUAUCCACCACGCUCAUGUGAACAGAGAUCGGGACAUGCGUGGUAAAAGUUAUGAUCGGGUAAGAGAGACAGAAGUUCUGCAGAGGAGAGAAGACAGCGUGCACAACAGAAGAGGUAAAGAAGAAGAUUUGAGACCCGACUACAAUGCUGAAGUUGGUGCAAGGCAUAGAAAUAAGGCAAGACCUAUUGAUAGAAACGACAGGGAUGAAGAUCCUCACUCAAGGAAAUUGUUGGAUGCUGGUGACUUGAGGGGUUCUAGACAAAGAGAGCGUGCUGAUAUGGUUUUGAAUCGGCGUGAAAGCUUAGAUGAUUCUCAUAUCAAGAGAAAGAAGGAUGAAGAGAAUAUAAGGAGAAUGAAACCUGAGAAUGACGAUACAGUGCACGGUACCAGAGGAAGGGAUGAUCCGAACAAAAGGAAGAGAGAACGGGAUGAUGGAAUUGAUCAGAAAAGAAGAGACGAUAGUGUUAGGACGCGGGAAAAGGUUGAUGAUCGUGCCAAGAACAAAGAGGACAACUGGCGGCAGAGAGAAAAGGAGGACAGACAGAGGCCUAAGCAUGAAAGUACACUGGUUCUUCAGAAAGAAGAAGGGAGAGGAACUGGCCGAGGUGGACGGGUUAUAGAUGACAAACUUGUCAGUGGUGGUAGGAAGAAGGAUGAAUCAAGAUCUGCAUUAUUGAGCAAAGAAACCCAAGAGCGCAGCAAACAAAACGAACCCGGGAGGAGAGGUCAAGGUGCAGAAGUAAACAACAGUCAGAAUAAAGGCCGCUCAGAUGUCCGUCCACGAGAUGACAAUCCAAAUAGCAGUGAAAGGAACUCCAGACAAGAAAAACUUAAUAAGACCCAUGACAAUAAUCGGCUAUCUAGCAGUUCUGAUCCUCGCCAAGCUAGUAAGGAUAAGCACAGGGAGAGCACAAGAAAGGGCAGAGGUUCUGAGCCUAAUGAGCAAGAUCCUCACAGAUCUAGCAAGAGAAGACGUGAAGACCAUGAAAGCCAUCGUAGUGGGAAGGUUGAGACGAAAGGAGUUAGGGAGCAAGAAAAUGGUAGGGAUCAUGCAACAUCAUCCAAGACGAGCAAGAAUCCUGAACGACAUGAUUCACUUGUGAAACAAGGGGAAGAAGAAGCCAUGUCAGAUGAUGAGAACAACGAGGAUUCAAGAAGGGGUCGGUCUAAGUUGGAGCGAUGGACAAGCCACAAAGAGAUAGAUUACAGUAAUAUUGCCAAUGAGGCUACACCUAUAUUUCCUCCAAUCAAAGCUGAUGCUCAAUCCCCCACUGCUGAUGCGUCAGGUAAAUCUGAUGUUCCUGCUACAGUUGGCAACUCAGACCUCAAGAGCAGUGGUGAUAAUGGACCAGCAUCUGAGAAGACAGCUGAGGAGCGUGAACGCCAUCUAGACACGGUUGAGAGGCUAAAGAGAAGAAGUGAACGUUUCAAGCUUCCCAUGCCCGGCGAGAAGGAGGCACCCCAAAGCAAGAAGGUGGAUACUGAAGUGCAGGCUCCCCAGAAUAAUGAAUCUCCUGCUGCAGAUGCUGAAGUGAAGCCAGAGCGACCAGCUCGCAAGAGGAGGUGGACUGGGAGUUGAUUGGAGGCUGGAAUCAUUUUCCCAUCUGAAGAAGUCGCAGCAGAGCUCAUGGCAGAUGGUCGGACCCGUGCAGUGCCUUUCUUGUUACGAUGGAAAGUUGAAUUGAUGUAUGAUUCCUUCUGUAUAACUUAGAUCUGUACGUGUAACCAUACAUACAUUUUCAUUUAUGGCUGGGACCUGGAUACUGUAUUUUUUUUCCAUUCCCCCUCCCUCUUCUUUCUGGGGAUUGAAAAUGUGUGGCACUGAUGCCACCGAACUCCCCAUAGAUAAUGGGGUUCUUUUUGGGAAGCAGCCACCCUGGAGUUUCCCAGUUCAGUCAAGCACUACUUCGACAACAGAUCUCUGGGGUUACAAAGGACCUGCACUUUGGGAGAAGCCGGCGUGGAAAUGCUGCAAGGUGCUUCUCCCCAGUGUUUUGAGAGCACUGUAUUUUGCAUUGAUCUUCUACUGGUGCUACUUGAAAGCUUUGGUGGUUGCUCUGCGAUGUUUGCUGCAGAACCAACAGGCUUGAUGAGCAUGCUGUUUAUUGAUGCCAGUGAUGUGAGGAUCAAGUGCUGGAGAUGAUAUGACCACUACUAUGUAUGCUUAAUAUUGCUGUGUUGUAUGUACAUUAUGAUAAAAUCUUGAGCUGGCGUGCAUAGGAUGAAGCGAGGUAGCCUGUUAUAGUGUAGUGAAUUUUUUUUUGGACACAGUAAUAAUAUACCUGUAGGCAGUGCUAGGUAAAAGGGAAUACUUUAUUAGCUCUUGUAUGUAAUUAGUUCCCAGGAAUUUUGCUCAGCAAUGCUAACUUAAAAUGGCACCA